CUGCAAAUUUACGUUGACGUUUCUCUCAUGCAUGGACUCGUUCAAGAUCUGAGAAAGCCGACAUGGACCUAAAACCAAAAGUAACCUGUUAUGGUGAAAAAGAUGUGUAUAAUAAACUUAACCCAGAACUUGAGAAGAGACUACCAAGGGAAUCUACAGAAUGGAGAAGAUCAUAUGGAAGACCUGCCAAGACUGUAAAAUUGAAAGCAAAUUUUGUGCGUUUGUCUGAGGGCAUGCUGGUCGAUGUCAGUAGUGUCAGUAGUGCUUCAAGUCUUCACAAACAACCAUUCUUUCAUAUUUAUUGGACUGCCUGCCAGGAUGCAGAUGAGUUUAAAAGCACGAUAAAAGACAGCAUCACGGAUUGGAUGAAAAAGCUACGUGAUAGAAAUAUUGUUGACUGGAUGAUUAUUCAAGUUGUGGCACAGGAGGGAAACAAACCGAAGUUGCAACUUCCUCGCAGUACAGUGUUUGAUAAAAUCAAAAGUGAUUUUGGUGGCAAGAACAAUGAAAGAAUAAUACAGCUUUGGGAACCUUUUAAAGAGAGUCAGGCAACACGAUCUGCAGAAUCAUGGCAGAACUUGGUCACCAAACUACGGCAGUUGCUGCUAUCUUCGUUCAAUCGUCACUUGGGGAGGUUUGAAGAUCAAGUCAGAUCACUAAGGGAGAGACGAACUGAACCACAAUGGAGCUUCACCAAAUAUUUCUUAUUGCAUGAGGAAUUGUCCUUUGUGUUUGAGAUGCUGGGUCUCUAUGAAGAAGCUUUGAUUCAAUACGAUGAAAUAGAUGCUCUUUUGACUCAGCUGGUCAUCAACUCUAAAUUUAAAGAGCCCCUUGACUGCAUCGAUGUCUUCAUGCGAGAUUACAAAUGUUUUGAUGGAGUAUUGUUAGCUAAGAGUUCUCAAGACUUCUUAAGACAACUCAUCAAGACACAAGAAGCCAGCUAUAUUGACCUACGAAAUUACCUUUUUUCCCGACAAUGUAUUCUUCUGUUCAAGUUGGGGCGACGUGCAUGGGAAAUUGCUCAACGCUUGCUGGAGUUCCUACACAAUCUUGUUCAUGAACUGGCAAUGGACGAACUUAAGGGGAUAAUCAGCCCGCCAGUCCAUCAACAAGACUCCAGAAGGCUCUGUCGUCAAAAAGUGCCUUUCAAGCACUAUACCUGGAUUUGACAGAGCAAGCAAUUGAAAUCUUCAAGAACAUCGGAAGAGCACGGGCUGCUAAGGUUCUUGGUGUGGACCUGGCUCAGUUUUAUUCUUCCUGUGGAGAGUCUCACCGGGCAGAGCCUCUGCUUGCUGACGCGUAUAAGAUGUACAAACACGAGAGGUGGAUUCUGCUUGCAACACAGUGUUUGGUCAAACUGGCUCACUGUCAAAAACAGCUUAAACACCUCGACAAAUAUGCUGCCUCCUGUUCGAUUUUGGCCUGUGAACAGAGUUUAUCAUCUAAGAGGAGGUCCCACUACACUCAGGAGUUGUUGCAGGUCAUGCGAGAAACAAUGGAUUCAGCACAAGCCAUUGUUGUACGAGCUGAACCAUUGCUGCGAGUGGAAGAUGUGGAAAUUGACUUGAUGAAGGGUAUCGGUAGUGUAGGGGAAUGCAUUCAUGUCAAACUCAAGCUGUUCAGCGCCCUGGAGGAGGAGGUUACUUGUGGACGGAUCAGCUUCAGCAUUCAGACAAAUGAUCUGAAGCGUGUGGGUAGCAUUCGUUCUAGUAAGAGAAACCGAGCUAUGUCUCCGCCAGUAGUUGUGGAGAAUGGGCUGUCUUCAGCUGCGCUUUCUGAGGAAGACUUGUCAGAUAAACCUGUGACAGAGGACCAAGCAACCGACGGAGAAGCGUCCUCUGAAGGUGUUAGAGUAGAACAAUCUCGCCCGCUGCCCUCUAAGCCGCCCUUAUUACCAGAGGUGAAGAGUGUAGAAGAGUUGAAUGUGUUAACAGAUGGAGAUGACUCAGACUGCUGUCUACAAUGCUUCAAUGUUCCCUUGAGAUACGGAGUCAAUGAGUACAACCUCACCGCACAGCUGUCCGAACCAGGCAACUAUUGCCUUAGGCAGCUGUGUGUGGAGAUUGGUCGUCUGGACUUUGUUUGGCCUCAGUUGUCUCUAUCACGACAGUCAAGAGGAUUUGCUAUCGUGUGCGAUCCUCCACAAAUAAAUUGGACUCACGAAAAAGACCUUCAUCUCUUAUCUGGCCUGCUACAGCAAGUUACUCUCAGUGUAUCAGUCGAGUCUGGGUCCAUUGCUGACGGAUCAGUGCUGGAAAUCUCCUCUAAAAACCAUGGUCUUACCUUCGAACCUGUACAGUCCGGACAAGCAAUUGUAAAUUGCUUAAUGGGUAAAGAAGAGAGCAAAACAGCCCUCUACAGUAUAGAAGUCAACAUGAUCCCCGAGGGCGAUGAUGUCACUGGCAUCUCUUUUGCCAUGGUUACCCUUCCAGCGUUAGGACCUUACGCUAAAAUCGAUUUUAACCUGAAGCUUCGUGCAAGUUUGGAGAAGCAGAGUAUACAAGAGGAAAUCACAGAACAUAAGCUUGUGUUCAGUUGUAAGUGGCUGUCUCCAGUGGUCACCGCGGAGCUGUCAUGCUCGUUUCACCGUCCGUUUUCCGUUCGUCACGCGCUUCUCUCGUCUGAAAAGAGCCGAUUUGUUCAAGUGGUAGUAAGUGGAAUCAAUCCCAUUGAUCUUGUCAUCUCGGCUCCUCAGCUGGUCAUCACCAACUGCUCUUCAGUGAAGGUCACACCUAUGCACAGCUCUGUGGAAUAUAUAAUCGUCAAUAAUCAAGAGGUAUCCUUCCUCUGGAAAGUCGAUUGUAAGAAAGGUUCAGUGUCGGAGCUCGAGUGCGAGUUUAAAACGUCGUUUUCACCAAAGGAGACUACGGACAGCAUUCUUUUCUCAACGGAGAAGAGGACUUAUCUCUACGACUUCAGCGUGGUUAAUACUCAGACAUUAUACACCAUAAGUUCGAGAGUAGAGCCUGCGGAGGAUUCCGGGAAACUUUAUGCAGGUUCGACUUGCAAGUGGCACGUCACUUUUACAAGGUUAUUAGACGAAGGUACUCCAGAUACUUCACAACUCAUGUACGAUGUCGACUCCGAUACAAACACGUGGGCCGUAAACGGACGCAAAAACGGUGUUCUGUCCUUACCGACGGGUGUCAUGGCAACGAGUGACGUUGUUCUUAGUGUGAUACCGCAGACGGGGGGGAACUUAGCAAUGCCGGGAAUAAAGUUAAUGAAGUAUGUCGAAAAGGAAGCGACAUCGCCGCAAGGGAAGAAUAUCGAGGGCGCAGGUGUGAACGCGUCCGAGUCGCUUUCAAAUCAGCAGUCCCCUCUUAUUUUUCCGUUUUCCUGCGGUCAGGUGUAUAAUAAGACAGCGGCAGUUCGCGUUUGCGUUUUGCCGAGCAAUAAUCCUGAUCUUGCAUGGAUAUGAGGCGACCGUGAAUACAAAACAAAUGUUUAGUAGAGUUUGGAACUGAUUUAACAGUCAAAAACUAUAAACGGUCCUUCCGGGAGUUUAACGAAUCAUUAAUAUUUUUCAAAAUCAUUAUUAUUGUUGUUAUUAUAAUUUAUUCUCUCUGGCAACCCUUGGGGAUGUUUCUUCCUCCUAAUCUCAUU